GAGGGAGGACUUUACUCAUCAUUAAAAUUAGUGCCAUCCUGAGACCUCUGAACUGAAGCGGAAAAGGAAAAGGUCCGUUUAUAAGCGGUGAAGGUCGAAUAAUGUGGUCGGGCAUGCGCCCAGCGGGUGGUCUCAUCGUGUUGUGUACUUAGUAGCAGGCGAUGCCCGUGUGGUGGGGGGCGCGGGCGGUCAGCAUGCGCGUGUGCUGCGUGACGACGGUGCUCGCGGCGCUGGCGCUGCGCUCGGCGGCCGAGCCCGCGCCGCGCCGCUACCCCGCCGAGUGGCGCAGCGGCCGCGAGCUGGCGCGCUCCCGCCCGCUCCACGAGCUGUUCGAGGAGCCGGCGCCGGGCGAUGCGUACGCGCACCACUCGCCUCCGCCGCUACCGCCCGGCGCGCUGCACAACGAGCGCCGCCGCGCGCGCACCAACAAGCGAACCCCGCACCAGCUGCCCUCGGAGAUAGCAAGCCAAAUGAUGUUGCGAGCCUCGCGCUCCAACCGACCGUAUGACGUGCCCCAAAUUGAAUGUCCACCUGCCGCGGACGGCAUGGAGCGGUUCGCGUGCCCCACGCCCGACCGGCAAGGGCGCUACCGCUGCAUUGACGAUCAUGUGCUGUGUGACGGCUUCAUCGACUGCCCCAGCGGCGAGGAUGAAGACCGACAGGCCUGCAUGUUCUAUAAAACGACAAAGGCCCACCUGGAUGUCCUGGCCGACGCGCUGCUGCGGUGGGCGCGCGGCCGCUAAGGACGGCACCCCUCCCGGACCCUGACCCCCUAGUGCUCUAAUACUCCGCCAGUGCUACACGGACCUCAUGUAAAAUAUACGAUCGAUUGGCCCCCGUGCUUAUAUACGAUCAGUGAAAGCUGCGAACUCCCAGGAAUAGUAUUCGGGCGCAACCAGUCAAAACUCGUACAUGCGUUGGACGUAAUGAAACAUAUCAAGUAGUGGUGCAGCCUAUGCCAAAACAUGACCACUUAAAGUGUAGUGUAAGGUUUCCGACUGCGACAAUCGAGACAGCCGAACGCGAUGCGUGCUGGUGCGCGCUACCCACUGGAGGAAGGAAAGCAGUGAUACGAUCUGGUUUCGUCCCAAUUUAACUUCUCCGCAGCUGAUUUAUUUUCCAAGUAUUUCAUACCUUCUAGCACUUAUUAAACUAAAAUGUGAGACUGGUAGUCAACAUUGUUAGACAGUAGAACAUAUACAUAAAUAUUUUAGAAUAGUUCUUCAUUUGGCAAGACGUAAAUGUUUGUCGAUUUGUUAAAAUAU